AUGGUUUUCCAGAACAAUCUGUUAUGGGUGUUGGAUGGUCUUUCAAAGCUUCGACAUUCUGUCGCACAAAGGAGACUAAAGCUUCAGAAGGAAAAGCUCAAGAUGAAGCUAGACUUUGUUCUUCACUCUCAAAUCAAAUUGUUGGAAGCUUGGGGAGACAUGGAAAGGCAGCACUUAUCUUCAGUUUCAAAGACUAAAGAGUGUCUACAUUCUGUUGUUUGCAGAGUUCCCCUCAUUGAAGGUGCAGAGGUUGAUCCACAAUCAGCUUCCAUCGCACUCCGACAUGCAUCAGAUCUCUCAGCGUCCAUCAAGUCAGCAUUAUCUUCAUUUUCACCCUCAGCUGAGCAGACUGUUACACUUCUCUCACAAUUAGCAGAGGUGGUUGCACAAGAGAAACUACUAAUGGAAGAAUGCCAAGAACUUCUUCAGACAGUAUCUGCACUACAGAUUCAAGAGAAAAGUUUGAAGUGCUAUAUAAUCCAGUUCAAUUCGAAGCAAAAACAACUGCAGCAGCAAGAACAACAAUCACAGCUACAAGAAACCCCUUCUUAGGCAGAAAUACAGGGAA